AUGGCUUCAGUAGCUCGGUUAUUGACUCGCCCGGCCAGUCAUAUGGCCCGGAGGGGCCUCAUGGCUCCCUCUGCUCGGUAUUUCUCCGCCUCGCCGCUCAAUCGCGUCCAGGAUGACCCCGUGAUUCCUCCUCCGCCGAAGGAACUCCAAGCGGAUGAUUACCCCCCAAUGCCUGAGUACUCAGUCGAUCUCUUGACCAAGGAGCAGCGAUCGAUGUACGAUAUGAUGUCUCCCGAGGACCGCGCGGCAUUCGACGAAGAGAACACCCGCAUGGUUGCCGAAUUCAACAAUCCCCAGAAGCGCGCCGCGGCCUUCGAGGAAAUCGACCAGGCCAUUCUACAAAUUGAUAAAGAGGAGGAUCUCCGAUUCGAAGACAUUCGCCCCCGUCGGCCUGGUUUCUGGGCCGAGGACGAGCCUGACGAGUUGGUCAACACACUCGAGGACGGAGACGAGGAAAUCAAUGAUGACGAAAUCACCUCCAUGGCACACGCAGAGAUGGAAUUGCACCGUGAAAUGAGAGAAUAUGCCCGCAUUACAGCAUGGGACAUGCCAAUGCUGAGCACUCGCCAAACCAUUCACCCUGCCCCCCAAACCCAUAUCCUCCGCUUCCGCUACACUACCUACAUGGGCGAACAGCACCCAGCCGAGCCCAAGGUCGUAGUGGAGCUUGCAUCCCAAGAUCUGACCCCCAAGUAUCUCACCGAAGCCCAGCGCCAAACAUUCCUCAAGCUGGCCGGUACGCGCUACAACCCGCAGACCGAUAUCAUCCGCAUCUCGAGCGAGAAGUUCGGCUCGCGUGCCCAGAACAAGCGCUACCUUGCAGAUGUCGUUAACUCGAUGAUCAAGGAGGCCAAGGAAGGUGACUCCUUCGCCGAUAUCCCGCUCGACCUCCGCCACCACAAGUACAAGACCAGACUCCAAUUCCCCGAAUCCUGGAACAUGACCGAAGCCCGUCGGAGUCAGCUGGCCGCGCGGCGCAAGGAGCGUCUAGCUGCCGAGGAGACGCGAGCUGCCCUUGUGGACGGUAAUUCGGUUGUCUCCGAAGCUAUCAAGACUCUACCUUCGCUUAACCCUGCUCUCCAGGCCAAGGCUACUGACGAGCGGGAGCGUGUUGCUGUCAAGAUUGGCGCGCGGAAAAAGGUGGCUCGUCGAUGA